UUUUGUUUUUUUUUUUGGAGGGGGGUUGUGGAAAUGAAACUGACAACAAAAAAGAACGCUGGCAAAGUGGGGUUAUCGUUCAAAGCAGGGAAGUAAAAGAACAAGGAAGAAGACCACGAGGUCUGGGUUGAUGAGCCAGAAGCACCAUGAGAAAGUACUCUCCUCAGUAACCUAGUGGUGUUCUUUUUAGGCAGACAUGGCCUCUGCUCCUGCAUCACCCAGUGAGACCUGCUCACUGGAGAACCAUCUAACAUGCUCCAUCUGCAUGGAUACAUUUAGAGAUCCUGUCACCACAGCUUGUGGCCACUCCUUCUGCAAGAAAUGUCUGAAAGCCAACUUAAAGUACAAUGCCAAGGUGUGCCCCAUAUGCAUGACGUCUGUACCCAGUUCCCCAGUUGUGAACUUUGUCCUGAGAGACAUUGUCCAGCAGCAGCAAAAGGAGAAAAAGACUCCAGAGGAAAACGAGGAUUUGUACACUGGGAAGGAAGACAAAGAGGCCAGUGACACUUGCACAGACCAAAAGGUGGGGGCUGAAAGACUCAAAGGCCACAACUUAGUGACACCCGUGAGGAACGUGGAUGAUGGGGCAUGUCUGAAGUAUGGCUGCCCCUCGGAAAUUAAAACACCUCUGCAGAGCUGCAAGACAGCAGAAAUGAGCCUCCAGGUUUGCCAUUGUGGCUGGUCCAAAGUCACAACGUACCAGGGCCUAAGAACUCACCAGGGGAGGAUGGGAUGCACAAUGAAAGGGGUCAGGGUUGCAGAGAGUGACCAACAGUUUAUGUGGACAAAUGUGGAACUUACAAACGCUCAAAAGGACCUCAGGCUGGAUGUCUACACCUCUUUCAAGACUGACACAUACUUCUAUUCAGACAAGAGCCUCCAGGUUUGUCACUGUGGUUGGACCAAAAUGACGACUUAUCAAGGCUUAAGAAUUCACCAGGGGAAGAUGGGAUGCACACCGAAGGGAGUGAGGAUCCCAAAGGAAGAGCAGUACUACUGGAAAAAUCAGUGGGAAGUGGAAGUGAAAGUUAAAGUGGAUCAAAGGAAAUGUCAGCCAGCUAAAAGAGCAAUCAUCAAGGAGGAGAAAGUGCUGGAGCCACCAGGCAUGUAUGUCAGCACCAACUCUGCAGCCACAGUCAACGAGAGAUAUAAAUCAACUUUUGCACCUCCCAAAGAGGCCCAACGCUCCUCUCGGAGAACCACCAAGUCCAAGUCCGACUAUCAGCAUCAGGAUUUCUACACCCUUCCACAGGUGAAUAGAUCAGUAAGGGAACCUCCAGUUACUCUUCCACCAGUAGUUCGACCUAAGGAGAAAAAAGCUAAACGUCAAACAUUAUCACAGACAGAAGACAGAAGAGCGAUGACAGGAAAUCAGAGGAAAAUCCAUGACUGGACCGACUAUGCAACAACAGCAGCCUCAAUCAAAGAGGAGCCCAAAUCACCAUUUGCAACUCCACAACCACAUUUCCAAAGACCCACAAAAUCAAAGCCUGGCCAUCAGCUGUAUGAUUUCUCCAUCUAUCCACAGACAGCAGACAGCAGAGCAAUGACAGGAAGUCGGAGUAAUGGCCGUACUGACCUUCGAACAACAGCACCAGUAAUCAAAGAGGAGCUUCAUUCACCUUUUGUGACUCCUCAAUACUCUUUACAAAGACCUACAAACUCAAAUUUGGGCCAUCAGCGGCAGGAUUUCUACACCCUUCCUCAGACAGCAGACUGUAGAGCAAUGACAGGAAAUCAGAGGAAGAUCCAUGGUUGUACUGGCUAUGAAACAACAGCCGUGACCAAGGAGGAGCCUAAAUCAUCACUUGAAGCUCCACAACAGUCUUUCCAGAGAGCCGUAACCUCAAAUGCAGGCCAUCAGCUGUAUGAUGUCUCCGCUGGUGUACAGGCGACUAAAUCAGAUGUGCCAGUGUCAUCAACCAUCAGCUCUGCAACAAUCAAAGAGGAACCAAAAUCACCUUUGCCAAUUCCACCACCGUCUUUCCCAAGAGCCACACACCCAAAGCCAGGCAAUCAGCCGCAGGGUUUCUCCACUGGUGAGCAGGUGAAUGGAUCGGCCAGGGAGCAUCCACCAACAACAGUAACCCAGCCGAGGGAGACAGACAGGAAGGAAAAUGAGGUGAGACAGAAGAGACCCAGACCUGAAAUACCGCCAAAAAUACAGAUGAAAGAAAAAAUGAGAAACAUCAGAGCAGCUGAGCGAGCCUGUGAGAACAUACCAGAUUCAACAAGUACCACCAACCAAAGAAAUUCUGCAGCAGCAGAAGCCACGACAGAACAUGUUGAAUCAAUGGGUGAAACUACACAGCCUGAUUUCUCCACUGGCCUGACGGUGAAGGAACUGGCCCGGAUGUUUUCAGCUACUACAACCCAGAACACAGCAGUCCAGUCAAAGGAGCAAAAUGGAGAGAAACCGGAACUAUCACAGGCAAAGCCUCUGGUUCAGAGGUUUUCAGCAACCGCAGCCCAGCAAACACCAGCUCAACCACUGGAGAAAGACAAGGAGAAUCAAAAACUAUCAGAGAAUGUGCCAGACUCGACAAGUAUUGCCCAAACAAAUUCUGCAGCAGCAGAGGCCACAACUAAAGACGACCCCAAAUCAUUGGAUGACACUGCUCAGCCUGAUUUGUCAACUGGCAUGAAGGUGAAGGAACUGGCCCGGAUGUUUUCAGCAACCACAAACCAGGAAACAGCAGUCCAACCGACAGAGAAACGAAAGCUAUCACAGGUGAAGCUUCUGGCUCAGAGGUUUUCUGUCAUUCCAGCCCAGGAAACAGCAGUCCGACCCAAAAAAGAAAGACAAGGAGAAUUAUUACCUAUCACAGAGGGUCCCAGAUUCAACAGGUGCCACCGCCAAAAUGAAUCC